AAGCGUGGCAAGUUUAGGAUCACAGGUCGAUACAGAGAACAAAAAUGAUCCAUGGUGAACGGAGAAGUCAUCUUCUGAACAGAGGAAGUUUCAGAAAAUCUUAAGGAGACCAAUGGCUACGCUGGUCUGGUCUCAAACUUACAUAUACCACUGUCGAUUGAGUAAACGAGCUCUUUAUCAGGCAAAAGAAUCACACUCUCCUUGUAGAUUUUCCCGUCAUCAUAAUAACAGAGAAAGACUUGAUUUUUCGACGCCUAGAUUGACAAUAAGUAGAAAGCAUCAACCUUUGUCUUUCAACACCGUGUGUUUUGCUGCAGACGACCCUUCCGAAAUCAGUGCUGAUGCUAGAAUCCGUAGUGAGGUUCUGUCUCCGUUCAGAUCAGUCCGUAUGUUUUUCUACCUCGCCUUUAUAGCGAGUGGUUCAUUAGGAGGACUAAUAGCCACUUCUAGGCUCAUUGGUGCCCUUGCGAAUCCGGCUAGAUCAGGCGAAGUUCUUGAGAUCAUAAAGGGUUUGGGAAUUGACUUUGGUGCAGCUUCUCUCUUUGCGUUCCUCUACUUCCGGGAAAACAAGACCAAGAAUGCACAAAUGGCUAGGCUCUCCAGGGAAGAAAAUCUUGCAAAACUCAAAAUGAGGGUCGAAGAGAACAAUAAGGUUAUCUCGGUUGGCGAUCUGAGAGGGAUUGCUAGGCUUGUCAUCUGCGCUGGCCCUGCGGAGUUUAUUGAAGAAGCCUUUAAGAGAAGUAAAGAGUUUACACAAGAGCUUGUAGAGAGAGGUGUGGUUGUGGUAGCUUAUUCUACGGAUGGGAAUUCGCCGGCUUUGGAUUUCGAUGAGACUGACAUUGCGGAUGAAGAAAUGAGCCAGAGAAGGAAGAGAUUAUGGCGGGUGACUCCAGUUUUUGUCCCAGAAUGGGAAAAGUGGUUAGAUGCGCAAAAGAAGCUUGCUAAUGUUUCUUCAGACUCUCCAGUGUAUUUGUCUCUGCGGUUGGACGGCCGUGUAAGGGCAAGUGGAGUGGGUUAUCCUCCAUGGCAAGCCUUCGUUGCACAGCUUCCUCCAGCAAAGGGAAUCUGGACCGGUCUUCUUGAUGGUAUGGAUGGUAGAGUGUAAAUACUCUAAAACUGUAGGGAUAAAAAAUUUAUAUGUCUUUUAGUCUCUUACAAAAUUUAUAAAUUGUAGUUAUGAACAGAUAUGACUUCAAAGUUAUCAUUUCACUACUGUAGUAAAUUUUGUUUGGAAUUACGAUAAUUGUGAUCAAUGAUCCCGGUGUACC